CUGCGCUUUCGUCUUCGUCAAGUGGAGCAGAAGCGCGGCGGGGGCGGACGGUAGUUCAGGUUUAGUUUAGUUCAAGCUGGUAGGCUGUCCCCUCAGGUUAGUUCAGAACCACGCGGAGAUCUCCAGAGGAAUCGGCUGAACGGGAGAGACAUGGAGGAGACGGGCGGUGCAAGUGCGUACGGGGCUUCGCUCGCAGGAGGAGGCUUCGACUUCUCCAAGUUUAUCCGACAGCCGCAAACCAUCGUGCGCCUGCUCAGCUGGAUAUUUGCCUUGGUAGUGUUCGCCUCCAUCACAACAGAGGGAUACAUCAACCCUCCCCACAGCUCUGAAGCAAAGUGCAUCUUCAACCAGAAUGACUCGGCAUGCCAUUAUGCUGUGGGGAUCGGGGUGAUCGCCUUCCUGGCAUGUGUAAGCUUCCUGGUGCUGGAUGUCUACCUGCCUUUCAUGAGCAACGCGCAGGAGAGGAAGUAUGCUGUCAUGGCAGACCUGGGAUUCUCAGGGGCGUGGACCUUCCUGUGGUUUGUGUGUUUUUGCCUGUUGGCCAGUCAGUGGGGUCGCACUCAUGACACCAGAGGGAUCCCCAAGGACGCUGCACGCGCCACUGUGGCCUUCUCAUUCUUCUCUAUCGCCACCUGGGGGAUCCUGACCUAUUUUGCCCUGGCUCGUUUCCGCCGUGGUGUGAAUGAAGUCACCAUCCCAACCUACACAGAGCCGCCGCCAGAUCACCACACCCCCUACCCUCCAACCUAUGCCCCCACCUCCUACAACCCCACUCCCUACACCCCUACCACUUACACAGCCUACCCCAGCAAUGUGCCCGACAUGCAGCAGCCUCCCUUCACCUCAAACCUCCAGCCGCAAGGAGAAUACCAGCCACCAAACUACUGAGACAAAGGGAGGACAGAGACAGAGGGAGGGUAUUGCUCCAGGUCAUUUGGUUGGUUAACUGAUUAGAGUAGCACUGCACAGACCCAGAGCUAUAUCAUAUUGAUGUGGUUUUACUUUUGAUUUUGCAGGUGUCGUUGCAUUUGUGAACCUGAGCAGUGCAGCAGCAAAGUUAGACAUGAGGGACACUCCGGUUUACGUCAGGCGGUCUGUGGUCAGAUCUUAAAACGUCAGGCUGAGUGUUGAGAUCAGGGCUGAGGAUUGAGUAAUCUGACCAUAGACCUGUGUUGUAAAGACUCAACUUUUACCUCAAGUGGGCUCAUCCUAAAUGGGGGAGGUAGUUGGAAUGUACCCAGGAGGUCAAAGGUCACAUUAUGUGACGUUAUGAAGAAUACGUAUGAGCUCCAACCAGAGAGGAAGAAGCCAACACUUCUUGUGUUCAUCUCUCCUCUCUCUCUGGUGGAGCCUGAGAAUGUGCAUUUGUACAUAGAUUUCAAUUAGUGGAGCUGCCAUUUUAAUGGUUGUAUGUGCCUGACUUUCUUUUCUUAUUUGGUUUUGUGGAUUUCCCCCCUGAUUUCUGCAGUAAUCUUGAGGACCUAUAAACAGCUUAGUUUUAUACUAACAAAUCAUUUUCUGGGAGUAAUGUCUGAGAAGACCACUAUAAAGCCAAAUUGUUGUUUGUUAAAUGUGGGCUCUGUAUGCAGUAGAGUUUGUUAGCAAUAUAACCAUAAAAUCACCAUUGAAAGAACAUUUAGCAAGUUUUGUGCUACAGUAAAAUAGCUCCUGUGCCCCCCCAUGCCAAAUACCUGUUUAAGGACCACUCUAAUCAAAAUGUCUUGGUCUGAAAAAACGUAAACACCCUCAAUUUGAUCUGACCAUGUAAAAAAUUUAAAAAUGGGUAAUUUAUGCUAAUCUUUCGAAGUGUGUUGCCCUUUAAACCUGUUGUUAAUGUUCAGAUAGACAGGAGGGAGGAGCAUGUAGAUAACUAUGCACUUGUUUAACAGGUUUACCCACCGAGCAUGUCAUCAUACUGAAGUGUAACUUAUUAACCACUAGCAGCAAUGCUGCCUCUCCUCAGCCUGCGAAGAGUUUGGCUGCACACUUCUUCCAAGGUUUCGGUGGCAUUUAGUUUUCUAAAUCCUGAUGUGUAUCUCCUGUUAUUCCUUUAUCUAAACAGCUGAAGGUUGCAGUGGGUCCACAGAUUAUCACCUCGGUCUGCUAUGGUGAGAAUCAAACACCUGUCCUCAGAAGACUACUGGUUUAACACUGCUGCACUGGCACCAAAAUACAUUUGUCAGUUUAACACCUCGACUGCCUCCUGAUCCAUCUUUAGCUGUUAAAAAAACUCAAAAAUUGUCAGAGGGUCAGAUAAAGAUGAUUGUUCCUGGGUUGUGAGCAAAUUUUAGAUCAUUUAAUGACACACCAGAAACUGAAUGUGGUUAUAUUUAUGAAACAUGUUACUGGUGCCAUAUUCAAGACUAGGUUUGUCCUUCAGAAGAAAACGAAAAUGAGUAACAUACUGACGCCAAAUAUAUGAAAGUAUUCCGCUGGCCGUUUGUCAUUUGUGCCUUAAGGAGAUAAAUUAAAGUUUCCUGAGGGCUAGAAAGUGAAUAAAAUGUGCCAUCACUAAACACUGGAGCUAUAUUUACAUUGACUAGCUGUGUAUCACAGUAUCCCUCGCUGCUGUGCCUGAGUGAUUUUUUUGUUUAUGUGCAAGAGUUGUUUUCAUGCGCUGGAAAAUCAGUUAAAUCUCCUCAGUGAACAUUUAAAAUCAGUGCUCAUAUUUGAUGGUAAAAACUGCAGCCUGUAAUUACCCAACUUGGAACGACUCAGCUGGUCAGUAAAUUGUGCCUUUCCACCUACUCUGUCCCAGUUUAGUGUUUUAAUGGGAGCAUAAGCCUACAUUUUGAUAUGUUAUGAUGACCGAAAGUGAAUUCAGAAGCACACGUUGAAAUCGUAGUUGAUUCAGUGUUUUGUUAGAUUCAUUUGUAUUUCAUCAAACUCCAUGUAUUAGAUUAGAAGAGGCUAAAAUUAUUUGCAUUCAGAGUUUACCAAGAAAUGUUUUAUGAGGACCGGUACAAUUUUGGUUGACUUGAACUGUUUUUCCUAAGUUGUUUUAUUGGACAGCUGUGUCAUUGCCCUUUUGUGUAUUGCCAUAACUUAAUGUCAUGGCAUCAGAAGCACAACAGCGAUUUACUUGAGACCUUUUGUUCAUGGAAUAAAAUGAUUCACAGGAUGUUCAGUCUUCUUGAGUAUAUUGUUGCAUUCAUGUACUGCAGUGUUCCAAGUUAGGGCUGCAUGAUAUGGCCAGUCUAUUGCAAGUAUUUUCGCAGAUAUUACAUCUUUAAUAUGAUUCACAAUUAGCCAGAAUGAUCCUUUUAGCAUCACAAUUUUCAAUUUCACCAAUAAAACGAGAACCAUGAUGCGACAUUUGUCGUCAUCUCUGCAGCCCUACAGUACUUCAUUAUCACGCUGUUUGAAUAGAACAAUGUAGCCGCGUUGCAAUUUUGAUAAUAUCUCAAACUGGUCAGCCCUAAGUACAGGUUUUAUAUAGUACACAUGAUAUACUUUUCCAUUCCAGCCUGCCAGCCUCACCGCACAGCCUUGGAGCCUGCCAGGAUUUAAACAGGUUAUUUUGGUCUGCUGUAGCAUGCGAGGGCAUUGGGUUACAUAUCACACAGUAAGUGCACAGAGGUAAAAUCCUUUUAAUUUUAAAAGUGUGAGGAAAGGGGAAUUCAAAUGUUUCUAUGGAUGUCUUUGAGAAAUAACCAAAAUCAGACCCUGUGUUCUGAAAUAAUACAUUUAUCUCAGCACCACUGACCUCCUGUACAUGGUGAAAAAUACAAGCCAAACUUCCCAUAAUGAUAGCUGGCUGAUUAUACAUUGUUAAUCAAUAAUAAAUUAAAAUCUUACAUUUGAAAUGGUUAUAUAUACACAGAUAUAUAAUGCAGUGAAGCCUUGCCACAUUAUUGAUUGGUUUUCAUUUUUGUAAUUAUGUGGCACUGCUAGACCUAUUCAAGUUAAAUCUUAAGAAUAAACCUUCAUACCAAUUACAUUGCAAAGACAAAGGCUUAAAAAAAAAAAAAAAAAAAAAGGACC